ACAGCUGGUUCAGUCUCAAGCUGUCCGUGACCAUGAAGACAUCAGUGACUCUACUCAUCUGCGUGUGUGUACACCAUGUAGCCACCUCGCCUCUUCCUCAGUUUGACUAUCCAGAAACUUCUUUUUCUGUCAUUCCCACAUCGUUAAGUGACAUGGGGUUAUCUACCGGCUUUCAAAGGCAUACUGGGUUUUCCUCUGGAUUGAACAACAGGUUUUCUUCUGGAUUGGAUGAUGGUUUUUAUGGUGGAUUGGGUAACACGCAGCAGAUUGGUCAGACUCAAAGCUACUCGAGGCAGUGUGUUCAUAGAUCAGGCACUGGUCUAGCUCCCACUACAUUGUGUAGAGUAAAUGGUGGUGAAUGGCAGAGCGUAGGAGGCAGCGGUAGUUUUCCUGGUAGCAACGGUGGUUUUACUGGUGGCAACGGUGGUUUUACUGGUGGUUUUCCUGGUGGCAACGGUGGUUUUACUGGUUCCAACGGUGGUGGCAACGGUGGUGGCACUAGAGACUAUCCUGACCCGAGAGGAGAAGAAGAAGGCGGUGGAAGUGAAGACACUAAUGAAGGAGUUCCUACUGGUGACGAUGCUGAAAUAGUCAGGGAAUUGAAAGCUAGACGCAGAGGCCAGAGGGUCAUAGGAUCGCAAUAUCACUUCUGAGGAAUCAGGGACAGUGCACAAGAUGAAAAUUGAAAAGGAAACAAUGUUUUGUAACUAUCUUAAUGAUUUUUAAAAUUCUUUUUAAGUAUUUAGUUUUUGAUACUAGUGAGUCAGGAAUAGUAUUGUGAAUCAUUUCUGAUGUGCAUAUAUUGUAUAGGCCUAUGCCGCCUAUGUGUGUAUAGUUAAUAGUUAUGUAAGAUAAAUAUGUUUUGCAUAAUAAAAAAAUGUAUUUAUAUUUUGAAUAA